GUGGCUGGUCGCAAAGGAUUCCCUCAUGUGAUUUACGCUCGUCUUUGGAGGUGGCCUGAUCUUCAUAAAAAUGAACUCAAGCACGUUAAAUAUUGUCAGUAUGCUUUUGACUUAAAAUGUGACAGUGUCUGUGUAAAUCCUUACCAUUACGAGCGUGUAGUAUCGCCUGGCAUCGAUCUCUCAGGACUGACACUACAGAGUUCUGCUCCAUCAAGCAUGUUGGUGAAAGAUGAAUACGUUCAUGACUACGAAGGACAGCCGUCAUUACCUUCUGCUGAAGGUCAUUCAGUCCAAACCAUCCAGCAUCCACCAAGUAACAGGGCAUCUACAGAGCCUUAUAGCACCCCAGCCAUGUUAGCUCCUACUGAGGCUAGCACUACCAGCACCACUAAUUUUCCCAACAUUCCUGUGGCUUCAACAAGUCAACCUACCAGUAUAUUGACAGGUAGCCAUAGUGAUGGACUCUUACAGAUUGCUUCAGGGCCUCAGCCAGGAACUCAGCAGAAUGGGUUUACAGCUCAGCCAGCUACUUACCAUCACAACAGUACUACAACUUGGACUGGAAGUCGGACGGCGGCCUACACACCUACCAUACCUCACCAUCAGAAUGGCCAUCUUCAACAUCAUCCACCUAUGCAUCCUGGACAUUACUGGCCAGUUCACAAUGAACUUGCAUUCCAGCCUCCUAUAUCAAAUCAUCCUGCUCCAGAAUAUUGGUGUUCAAUCGCAUAUUUUGAAAUGGACGUGCAAGUUGGGGAAACAUUUAAAGUCCCUUCAAGCUGUCCCAUUGUUACUGUUGAUGGAUACGUGGAUCCUUCCGGAGGAGACCGUUUUUGUUUGGGUCAGCUUUCCAACGUUCAUCGGACAGAAGCCAUCGAGAGAGCAAG